GUCAGAGGAAAACAAGGAGAAGAAGAAGAAGAAGAAGAAGAAGCUCGAACACGUGCGGUAUCUGUGCAUGUUGUGACCGGGGUAACGUGAAUAUUAUAUCAGACAACAACUUACCGAGUAUUGAUUAUUAUUAGGUUCGAUCAGAAAUGACGAAGACGAAGAAGGAGAAGGUGUCUGCUGACGGGGAGGAAGCAGCAGCAGCCGGCGGCAGCGAGAAGUCUUACCAGGAGCUGAUCGCCUUCAUGAACCCCAUCGCUCAGCCGCUGGCCUCCAAAAAACUCAGCAAGAAACUCUACAAAUGCGUCAAAAAGGCCUCUAAAGUGAAGAACAUCCGCAGAGGAGUGAAAGAAGUUCAGAAGUUCAUCAACAAAGGAGAGAAAGGUAUCGUGGUGUUGGCCGGCGACACGCUGCCCAUCGACGUUUACUGCCACCUGCCGGUCAUGUGUGAGGACAGAAACCUGCCGUACGCCUACAUCCCCUCUAAAGUGGAUCUGGGUUCGUCUGCCGGCUCCAAGAGGCCGACCUGCGUGAUCCUGAUCAAACCUCACGAGGACUACCAGGAGGCCUACGACGAGUGUGUGGAGGAGGUGUCCAGCCUGCCCAAACCCCUGUGAGGCCUCAGCCAAUCACAGAGCAGCUCUGUUAAACAUCACAAAGGAACAGUCCGGCGUUUUUUUUCCUCAGAGCUCGACCCUGAACUGUCCUGAGUUUGUUUAGUCGGAUCAAAUAUUCUGAUGGUGUUUCAGUAAAAGCGUGAAAGUGAAUUAACAGUUUGGUCUGUGAGGCGCCGCCGGACCAGCCAAUCAGAGAAGAGAACAGAGUUUCUCUUCACUUUAAACUGAAACCUACUGACAUGAGGCGGGAAACGCUGGAAAUGUGGAGAAAAAUAAAGUUUAAAAUGAGGUGAAACUUUCUUUUACAGGUCUGUAAAUGAUUCAUCUGGAAGUUUCCUGGAAAGAAUCGUUUAUUUCAGUGCUGAUUGAAGGAAAAAUACAAUCAAUUAUUAUUAUCAUUAUGACGAUUAGUGAACAUGCAGACAAACACAGUUCAACGUUUAUGAAGAUUAAAAUUUCCAGUAAAAAAAUUAUGAUAAAUAUUUGCUUCAGUUUAAAUAAAGUGAACAACUAAUCAAACUAAAUAAAACAGUUUAACUUUAA